CAAGUUUGGUUGGAAAGUAGUUUCCGUCGUUACUAAGCAGCAAAACUGAACUAGUGUUACAGCCUGCGGCAGUUGAUAAGGUGUUUACAGCGAAAGAAAAUAUACUGAAAUCUGAGACGGGACCCAACAAUAGAAAGGAGAAUUCUGAAGUGUCGAGUUUUAAUUGGCAUCCUUUCUUGUGAUGUCAAACUGCUGUGCAUAAGGACAUGGCUUCUUCAAGUGAUCUACGUGAGAAAAUUAGAAAGAAGCGGAAGGCACUUCAAGAAUCUUUGACAAGAGUUAAAGAUGACAUUGAUAAACAGGCUUUGGUCACCACAGAAAUGGAAAUCAGUAAGGAAACUGAACAGGCUACUGUAGAGGAAAUCGUUGACAAUGAGGAAACACAAGUGGAAAAUUUAAAAAGAACUUUGAAGGCGCAGAGACAGAGGAGAAAAAAGCCUUUACAGGAGGAUACAGCUGACAUAAUCUCUGAGGAGCCAGUGAGAGACCCAAGUGUUGUGGUUCAUGGUCAGAGAAGGUUGCAGGGGAGUGGGAGCCUAUCACAGCAAGCAACAGACGCAAGACAUGAUCUGUCUUCCCAUCCUGUGUCUACACCAAGUACCAGUUACGCAGAAUUCUCAAUGAGAGAACGCAUGAGAGAGAAACUGAAAGCUGCCAGGUCCAAAGCAGAAAGCAUUCUGCAGCAGGAAGACACUUCUGAGCCUACAGGUCGCCUGAGGAGCCUGAGAGACAGAGAGACAGUCACUAGAUUUGACAAACAGUUAGAUGACCACGAAUUCAAGAUAAACGGAGCUGAUGCAUCUCCUGCUGGUUCAAAAGUAAAGUUUCGAGAUGUUGUGAAAAGAGUCAAGCAGAGGUCUCAGGUGGAGACUGGUUUCCCUACAGCAGAGGAAGCCUACAACUUUUUCACCGUCACCUUUGAUCCUGAACCCCAGGAAGCCCAAGAGAAGGGUGAAAAGAGGAGACAAGCCGUGGGUGAAAGAGGUGGGGAAGAACAGGUGGUGGAGGAGGAGGAGGAAGACGAGACUGGGCUAAGCAGGGACCUGCAGGGGGAAGAGGAGGCUGAGGAGAAGGAAGAAGAUGCACCCCUUGUAAGAGAACAGGAAGAAGACCUAUUCAUAAUUGAUCAAACAGCAUUAGAUUUCCUGGAAGUGAAGGCUGCACAGUAUGAGAGCUAUAACAGCCGCCUUCAGAAGGAGAGUAAGCUGCUUUUCACACCAAGCCUUCUUUCAGUGCCAGCCUCUACCAAGAUGUCUGAGAACAUGAAGCCUCGCUAUCUGGAGGACGAAGGGCUGUAUGUGGGAGAGAGACCUCAGGUUUCCGUGACCAACGAGAACAUCCUGGAGAACAGAAUAUUGCAGCAGGAGGAGGGUAAAAAGUGGUUUGGAGAUGAUGGGAGAAUAAUAGCUUUGCCAAACCCCAUCAAGGAAUCCUCCACAAGGCCUCCAGUAUUUUCUCUAGAAGAAGAUCUAGAUCCAGCUCUUGAAACACUGUACAGGAAGCCAGCAAAGUCCAAGUACACGAGCCGGUACAUCCCAGGGGCAGGAGAUCCUCAAGGGGACUUUCAGCUGGAUAUUGACGUCUCUGGCUUAAUUUUCACUCACCAUCCCCUCUUCAGCCGAGAGCAUGUGCUGGCUGCCAGAUUGGCCCAAAUGUAUGACCAGCACUUGACAUGGCAGCAGAAGAAUCUGACUGGCCUUCUCACUGACAAGCUACGAGCUUUGAGGAAUGCUGUACGCAAUAUCGCAGAACAACACAGGGGACAAGACCUUGAUCCUGUUACACAGCACAGGAUACUAGAGUAUAAAAGCGAGAUCAGGCACACUCGCAAAUUGCGUGACAUGGAGCAAGAAAAGGACCGAUCCUUAUUGAAAAACAUUGUGAAGGUCUGGAAGGAAAUAAAAUCCCUGAGAGAGUUUCAGAAAUUCACUAAUACACCACUCAAGCUCUACCUCAGAAGGGAGGAAGUGGACCGGGUGGCAGAUGAGCAAUCUUAUGAAUCUGAAAUUCAGGCAGAGAUCUGUGAGCUCAAGGAUGAGUUUGAGGAGGAAUAUCUGAAGAAGCUCUCUGAAUAUAAAACAAAAUAUGAGGAGUGGAAAGCCUGGAAAAAGAAGCAAGCGAGAAAGAAAAAGAAGAAAAAACAGCAGCUACAAGAUGAAGGGGAAGAUGAGGGUCCUGGGCAGAGUGACAUAGAGAUGGGGGAAGAGCCACUAAAACCAACGCUUCCUGAGCCACUUGAUGAAGAGGCACUGGAGCAGCAGGUCCGGGAGAAAGCAGCCAACAUCCGCAGGAAACCAGGGGAGUCUGUCCUCCUCCCUGAGCUGAGCAAUACUGGCAGUAUCACACCCAAUGAGCAGUGCCCAAGGGGAGAAGUAUCAAGAAGGGAAGAUGUCCUUAAACGUUCUGUAUUUGCAAAAGUUCUUUACAACAAUAAGGAAGUUUCUAGGACUGCAAGCCGUGCAUUAAACUCUGAUUUCAGAGUUCACUUUGGGCAGAUCUUUAAUUUGAAAAUAGUCAAUUGGCCAGAAAGUGUCAAGCUGCAGAUUUUUGAGACAGUGGGAUCCUCCCAUACCUUGCUAGCAGAAGUGUUUGUUCCUGUCCCAGAGACAACAGUUCUCACAGGGAGUGCCCCCUCUGAAGAACUGGAGUUCAGCAGUAACCAGCGUGUUAUGUUUGACCAUGAGGGGGUAGGCAGUGAUGUGCCCUUUUCAUUUGAGGCUGAUGGCAGUAACAAGCUGAUCUUGUUGACCUCUGGUAGAUUGUCCUGCAGUGUUUCUUGGGCUGUGGGAGAGAACAGUGUUCCUCUGGUCCCCCCUGUAGCCCAGCAGACUGGGGGAGUACACAGUGCACUGAAGCAGCUUGAUGCUAUUGCAUGUAUUGGAGCCUCUGGAUUAAGUGACAUGAAGAAGCUGGCAAAAUGGGCAGCUGAGUCCCGUCUGGAUCCAAAUGACCCCAGUAAUGCUGCACUUAUGCAGCUUCUAACUAUUGCCAGCAGUGGGGAGGUCCACGUGCCAGACUUCUUCCGACUGGAGCAGCUGCAGGAGGAUUUUAACUUCAUCUCUGAAGAGGAGUUUCAGAGAUCCAAGAGGUUCAGGCUUUUGAUGCUGAGGAACCAGGAAGUGACAGAGUUUCGUAACUAUAAGAAAGUACCUGCAUUGGACAGGGAGAUCACGGAUAAGGUGUUCCAGGAAUAUGAAAAAAGACUGCGUGAGGGAGAGGUCAUUGAUAUGAAGGAUCAUUUGGAUGCUCACAGAGCACUGGUUGCCAAAUAUCUGCAAAAGGUCAGAGAGGCUGUGAUGAAUAGGUUUCUGAUAGCAAAGCAUCAUUUUAUCUUGUCCGACCUGGUUGUAGAAGAGGAGGUCCCAAGUAUUGGUGCUGAGGGAUCUGGGGUUUUGGGCAUCAAUCUUUUCAAAUUAACAGAACCCAAGCGUCCUCUUAAGCCCAGGAGAAAGGAGAGAAAGAAGGUGACAGCGCAGAACUUGUCAGAUGGUGAUAUUAAACUUCUUGUGAAUGUUGUUAGAGCCUAUGAUAUUCCAAUACGGAAACCCCAGACAAGUAAAUCCGUAGCAUCAAAAUCUGCUCGGUCUUUAACAGAAUCGUUUACUGGGAAUCCAUCACAGAGUCCUGUACAGAAUAAUGACUGGCCACUAAACCAGGUUUUGAUUCGUCCGUUUGUAGAAGUUACAUUUCAGCGCACUGUGCGACAAACGACAGCAGCAGAUGGGCCUAACCCAAACUGGAAUGAGGAACUAGAACUACCCUUCAGAGCCCCCAAUGGGGAUUACAGUACAACUAGCUUGCAGUCAAUAAAGGAUGAUAUCUUCAUCAACGUCUUCGACGAAAUCCUAUAUGAUGUGGUACAGGAUGACCGAGAAAGAGGAAGUGAAAUUCAUACUCGGAUUGAGAGGCACUGGCUGGGAUCUGUCAGGAUUCCUUUCACCACCAUUUAUUUACAGUCGCGGAUCGAUGGUACUUUUAAGAUUAAUACACCACCAGUGCUGCUGGGUUACAGCAAGGAGCACAGUCUGGCUAGUGAGGGAGGUUAUGAUGCAGUGAGGUGUCUGAGUGAGGGCUCUUACAUUACGCUCUUCAUAACCAUUGAGCCCCAGCUGGUGCCUGGAGAAACACAGAGAGAAAAGAUGAAGGAGAUGAAGUUUGAUACCCAGGAAGAAGAGAAGCUUCUGCAGGCAGCAAACACCUUCGAGAAAGAAGCUGCUGCCACGUUCCCCAGCCGUCAGUGCCUCACUACUGUUAUUGAUAUCAACGGAAAGACAGUCUUUAUUACGAGAUACAUCAAGCCACUCAACCCUCCUCAGGAGCUGCUAGACGCCUUUCCCAAUAGCCUGCAGGAGACAUCUGAAUUGGUGGCUCACUAUGUGUCCCUCAUCCCCUUCUUGCCUGACAGCGUUUCCUUUGCUGGCAUCUGUGACCUGUGGAGCACCUGCGAUCAAUUCCUAGACCUUUUGGCAGGAGAUGAAGAAGAGCAUGCAGUCUUGCUGUGCAAUUAUUUUCUGGCAAUGGGCAAGAAAUCUUGGCUUAUCAUUGGAACUGCUAUUCCUGAGGGGACGACUGCUUAUGUACUGACUUAUGAACAAAGUCGAUAUGUUAUUUGGAACCCUAGCAAAGGCCAAUAUUAUGGUCAAUUUGAUACCUUCUGCCCACUGCAAAGUGUGGGGUGCCUUGUGAAUGCUGACAAUGUGUGGUUUAAUAUUCAACAAUAUGAUGCUCCCAUGAGAAUAAGUUUUGACAUCACUAAAUCCAAAUUGUGGAGGCCAUUCUUUUCAAGAAGCUUUUCACAUCCAGGCCUGUCCAGCAUUCAGCCUGAGGAACUUGUAUAUCACAAGGCAGACAAAGCUGCUGCAGCAGAACUGCAAGACAGGAUUGAGAAGAUUCUGAGAGAAAAGAUAAUGGAGUGGCGUCCACGACAGCCGACUCGUUGGAACAGGUAUUGCACCUCCACACUGAGGCACUUCCUGCCCAAACUGGAGCUGAGUGGAGGUAAAGAUGUGGGUGACGAGCACAGGAUGGAACUGCAGAGCCUGUUGGGAGACUAUAGGAUAUCUGGAUUUCCAGUGCACAUGCCCUUCUCUGAAAUAAGACCCAUAAUUGAAGCUGUAUAUAGUACUGGAGUUCAUAACAUUGAAGUAUCAAAUGUGGAAUUUGCUUUGGCUGUUUAUGUCCAUCCGUAUCCAAACAACGUCCUCUCGGUGUGGGUGUAUGUUGCUUCUCUUAUCCGGACCAGAUAGUUUUCUAAAGAUUCCACUCUGUACUAAUUCAUGGGAUUUAAUGAGAAAUUAAUGCACUUUUUAUCCAAAGACUGUUGUAUGCAUUUUUUGAAUGAUGUGAAAAACAUGUUUAAAGUCAAAUUUUAGAUUUAAGAUUUAAAAUGAUGGGAGGAAUUAUAUCCGAUUAAUAUUCUGAAAUUACAGCAUUCUUUUAAAGCUGUCCUAAAGCAUAUACUGUACAGUACAUACAUUCCUAUGAAAUAAUAAUCAGUAUUAAUUCCACAAAAUAAACCUUUUCUUUUGAUGUGCUGAAUACAAUGGUGGACCAAAGUAAGACCAUACCUUUUUUUUUUUUACAUCAAUGUGAAUGAAGGUGUACUGUAGCUGAGGGCAAUGAUACUGUAAAUGGUCAGCAGCAACUCGGCCCACACCUGAUAAGCCAGGAUCAUUUUGAAAGUGCUGACAAUUGCAUCUUGAAAGAUGACAGCCUAGCCUGUCAUUCAGUUCAGUGUUUUCUUUCACAUUAGGAGAAGGUAUUUUCUUUUAUUUUGCCCGAUUGUCCAUUCGAUAAAGUAUUGUCAAGAAAAGAUUAAUGUAUUUGGUGACAUUCCUAAUUGUUGAUGUGUACUUGAGCCUUGAUAGUGGCUUAGACACAGUAUAACUGACAGUUCCUGGCUACAGCUGAAUUUCUAUCCUCACGUUUAAAAAUGAUAGGAGUAUUUUGCUCCAACACUAAUUUCUAAUUUUUGAAACUGCUUUUUCUAAAAACAUCAUAUUAAGGAAAUUAAAAUGUUGUAUUGAUUUUCUUCAGAUUUUAUUUUCAAGUAUUUUAAGAUCAGUAGAAAAAUCCAUCACUACUUUUUUUUACAAUAUAGAAAAGUGUGAAUAUAAGCUGCACAUUUACAAAGCUUUCAUUCAUUUUAAGAUAUUAAGAUGAAUUCAUUUUUAUUAACAUUUUCUGUUUA